AUGAUUAGGAGCUUCCCUCGUGGUACAUCUUGUGGGAGGGAUGGUUUUCGAGCUCAACAUCUUAUGGAUUGUUUGGGUGGUGCUGUUGUUGCUAUCUCGGAUGAUUUGUUGGCCUCUAUUACUCAGGUAGUUAAUCUUUUCAUUGAGGGUCGAUGUCCGCAGCCCCUUGGUGAGUACAUUGCUAGUGUUCCGCUCAUGUCACUUGUUAAACAAGGCGGUGGUAUCCGUCCUAUAGCAGUUGACACUAUUUGGAGACGCAUUGUUUCUAAGGUUGGUGCUUGCCUUGUUGUCCCUACUUUAUCUGGUUAUUUUGAUGGUCUUCAGUUUGGGGUCAGGGUUUUUGGUGGAGGAGAGGCUAUUUUGCAUGCCUUGAACCGGUUCGUUGAGGCCCGUGGUGGUGAUGUAGGUCUUUCUAUGCUGCUUGUUGAUUUCCACAAUGCUUUCAAUUUAGUUGAUCAUGGGGCCAUGCUCGAAGAAGUCCGCCGUCAUUGCCCGGUUUUAUCCCGAUGGGCAGAAUUCUGCUACUCUAGCCCUGCCCGGCUGUAUUAUGGGGGGCAUAUCUUAAGGUCUUGCUAG